AUUUACCCUGAUUUACUUCCCUGCCCUUCAUUUCUAGAACUUCCGACCCCUUUACCGCCAUACUCAGGAAUCUCAAGGCAAGCUUGCUGGCAAGCCAUGGAGCCGCAUAACCUGGAGGCGGCGUCGACGUACAUUAAUAAUGUCCUCCUUGCUCGCGGGUUGCUGAAGAGCGGCAGCCCGAUCGACUUUGCUCAGCCCGACAAUGACGAGGGCGGAGUGGCCACGACGAUGGGGAGGAUCAUCAACCUGGUGAAUGAUCUGGUUCUCAGAAGAGACCGCGAAGCAGAGCAUCGAGAGAAUCUGGCCAAUACGAUUCGAACACUGCGUGCAGAAGAUGCGCAGAAGACGCUCGAUAUUGUAGGUGGUCAUAGUUACGGAGACAGGUUGGCAAACAAGAAUACUAAGACUCUGCGAUACAGGAAAAACUCCAGACGAAGACCUCCGACUUGACUCGAUCACUGGCUCUGGCAGAGGCCCAGGAACGCUCCUUAAAGACCAAUAUGGCCGGUACGGACUCUACGAUCAGGGGACUGAAGGAGCAAGUGCAACGCAUGAAGACCACCAUCCAGCAAGUGCGCGCGCAGUGUGCCAACGACAUCCGCAAACGAGACCUGGAGAUGCAGAAGUUGAAAUCCCACCUGGCCGAGCGGCAGAGAGGAAAACGGGAGGGGCUCGGCGUCACGACCAUCAACAUCAACCCCGCAGUCGAUCGCUCAUCUAGAAUGAAACUCUCCAAAGGGGGUGAGGGGGUCAACGACCCGGGAUACAGCUUGAAACAGGAGACGAACGAUUUCCUCACGGAGCUAUUGCAGAACCUGAGUGACGAGAACGACGCUUUGAUUAUGUUGGCGCGGAACACCGUUCAAACCCUGAAGGAUCUCCAGGGCCUACCGCACGCCGAGGAGGACGAGGAGGGCGCGGUUGGAUCUGCCAGCGUCGGAACUCACAAAUCUUCACAGGGCCCCGUGACUACUCUGCCUUCAUCUUGCGAGGAUCUGUCCGAGCAGAUGGACGGGGUCUUGGAGCAUCUGCGAACGUUACUUACGAACCCAUCUUUCGUCCCAUUGGAAGAGGUCGAAGUGCGAGACGAAGAGAUCGUGAGACUGCGAGAAGGCUGGGAGAAGAUGGAAGCUCGGUGGAGACAGGCCGUCACUAUGAUGGAUGGCUGGCAUACGCGGAUUGCCGACGGCGGCGGCUCGGUGCAAGCGGAGGAGCUACGACUGGGAAUGACACUCGAUCUGAGCGUGGAUUCCUCGCGAGGCAGAGCGGCCGAGGGCGAGCGAGACACGGGCGUGCAGACGCCGAUCUUCGAGGAUCAAGAGGCCGAGGAAGAGGAAGAGGCCGCCGACCACGUCGUCCCAGUCAUCCAGUCCGACCGAAUUUCCGACGCCGCCAACGAGAAGCGCGAGGAGAAGUCGCAGAGGAGUGCUAACCGCGCAUUGAAAGAGCGAAGCGACAACAUCAGACCUACACGACUGUCGCGGAAGGUUUCGUUCACGCCCGGACUGCAGGGAUCUCCAUGCGAUCCUCCCCGCGAGGAGGAUGAAACCCUCCAAAUCAAAGCUCAUCGAUCAGAGGCUGUGACGCGUAGGACAUCCAGGCGGAGGCCAGAAUCGCAGACGACAACCCGUCAGGCAACCCAUCAGAGCAGAGCGCCGAAGCAAGGAGAGUCCAAUCUGGCCAGCAAGGAGCAGCCGGUGUCCGAACCCUCGACCCGACUCAGCGUGCCGCAAAAGCUUGCCGCCGUGGAGAGUGAAGCGCGAGCUGCCGAACAAGCUCGUAAAGAGAGCGAAAGCCGCAAACGAACUCGAGGCGGCAAGAGUGCGACGAAGACGAGCGAUCGCCGACGCAGCACUCUGACUAGCGACGAACUCGGGGAGCUGAUGGGGAUGCCCUCCAAGUGA